AUGGGAGAAACGUCCAGCAACAAGACGUUCAACGUCGGCGUCAUUGGCUACGGCAUGUCAGCUUCGACAUUCCACAUCCCCUUCAUCACGUCAACCCCCUCUUUGAAGCUGUACUCCAUCCUCCAGCGCAAACCCUCAGACUCAUCGUCGGCCCCGCGCGACUACCCCCACCUCAAGCACCACACCUCACUGGAAUCCUUCCUAGCUGACCCGGAACUCGACGUGGUCGUCGUGACCACGCCCCCUGAGACCCAUUUCGCAUUCGCCCAGCAGGCCUUGCAGGCGGGCAAGCACGUCUUCGUCGAGAAACCAUUCGUUCCGAGCUCGGCGCAAGCCGAUGAGCUCAUCAAGCUCGCCGACGAAAAAAAGCGUUCCAUCUGCGUGUACCAGAACCGCCGGUGGGACAGCGACUUCCUGACGGUACGAAAACUGGUGACCGACGGCCUACUUGGAAGGAUAGUCGAGUUCGAAACUCACUUUGACCGGUACCGUGCCGAGAAGCCCACCAACUGGAAGGGCUCCCUGAAGAUGGACCAGGGCGGCUCGGCGCUCUACGACCUGGGAACGCAUCUCGUAGAUCAGGUGUAUACGCUAUUCGGUAUGCCGCAGGGCGUGUUCGCCAAGCUGGUCAGUCAGCGGGAUGGCCUCUGCCUGGGACCCGAGAACCCCGACUUGGAACCCGACAGUGUCAACCUACAACUCUUUUACGCCGACGCCCUCAUAGUGCACGUACGCAUCGGCGUGAUGAGCGUCGAGACGAAGCAGCCGCGGUUCUGGAUCCGCGGAACCAAGGGGAGCUAUCACAAGACGGGCCUCGACCCGCAGGAGCCGCAAAUCAAGUCUGGUAUGAAGAUAAAUGACGCCGAGUUCGGAAAGGAGGGCCCGGAGUGGAACGGCAGCCUGACUACUGUCGGUCAGGAUGGCAAGAUCACCGAGGAAAGCUGCCCAAACGUCAAGCCCGAGACCUACAGCAAGAUAUAUGAGCUGUUCGCACACGCUCUGCAGGGUCGAUGUGAUGUGCCGGUUCCAGCGUCACAGGCCAAGGAUGUGCUCCGAAUCCUAGAAGCUGCCAGGGAAAGUGCAAAGACUAAGCGCGAGGUCGAGUUGUCAUAG